UCGUGCAUUCGCAGGUACACCAGUGGCUUCGCGCGAUAUAGGAUUAAGAACAGUACUUGUUCAGUCACCUGCAAGGAUGAUAUGACUUAUCCUUCGCAGCGGAGUCUGAUGUCAUGCGGCUGUUCUUAGCUUCAUGCUGUUGACUUCCGAUGUUAACACGCCUAAAUAUCUAAAAGAUGGCGACGGAAGAUGGACUCGAAUCUUUGUUUGACGUAUUGAAAGAAGUUCAACUGGAGCAUUUUUUCGUUCGUAUUCGCGAUGAUCUACAGAUAACUGCGCUUUCCCAUUUUGACAAUGACCAUGUUCGCAUCGAGGACUUCGAAAAAAUUGGAAUGGGUCCUCCGGGAGCCCGGAGACUUAUGGAUGCUGUCAAGAAGAGGAGGUCAAAGUUGCAGAAAGAAGCGUUAUUGAAGAAAAUUAUUCCGAAGAAAAAUCUGACUCAGAAGUCUAGCAUUCAUGGGAAGAGUCGUUCCAGUUUUCAUACUUCGUUGCCCGCUCCUUCUUGCCUGAUAAAUUAUGGGUGUUGGGCAAAGGAUCCGACCAAUCGACCGACGUUUCAGGCGAUUAAAGAAUUCUUUCAGCUAGAACAGCCCGAACUUCUUCGUGCGAUAAAGGAACUUGGUGGCGCUGGUCGUCUUACGCUUUCAGAAGGCGAUAUCGUUGCAGUGAUAGAUGGAGACACGGAGAAAUAUUGGUGGAAAGGUCAGCAUCAAGGCAACUACAAAAUUGGAAUGUUUCCGCGAUGUUUCAUGGACGCUUCAAGGCGAAAGUCUCCAGCGGACAUCAGCAAGCCGAUAAGAAAUUCCUUUGUUCAUGCAGGGCACGGCGCGAUUCAAGGUGACAGCUGGGGAGAACCUGGGCGUAUUGACGAGCUUUACUUGCAACCUGUAGACCCACCCGACCUUCUCGGCUUGCAAACGACUGCAUUGCAAGAUUCUUGCCCGCUUGAUCUUCCUAACAGGAAAAAAAGAGAAAGUGAAGAGUGCGAUGAAGCAUUCGGAGCAACGGCAGAGUCUUCCGUGCAAAGUGUUCAUGUGAAUUCGAAUUCACAUCGCUUCGAAGUCGAUAACGUGCUUAUUGGGCUUUGUUCAUCUAUGGUGAAGGGAGUCAAGAAAUGUCGUCACUUAUCUGCCGAAAUCCGCCAUGGGCGUGGAGAUGUUUCAAUGCGUUUGGUUGGUGUAACGAAAACCGGCCAACCAUACGGAUACGGAAGAUUGCAAAACGAAGCAGUCGGAAUAGAAGAGUGUGAUGUUCCUAAGCGGUCUGAGGCGUCCCACUCGCUUCCCAAAAUUCGUGCGACGUCAGAGGGCGUCUUGGUGGAUCUCAGCGAACGUAAUGAAAAAGCUUUGGAGGAUGUUUCCUUCAUGGGUAACACGUCGGACUUGUAUGCAUGUAACGUUGAGCGGAAGUCCAGAUCUUUUUAUUCCGACUCUUCCUUCGAAUCUUUGUCGUUCAACGAUGAUGAUUCGGAGCCUGCGCGUGCGACUUACGCGAACUUCAUGACGAAACCAAUGGACUUGCUAUUGACAAAUAAUGAUGGCCAGAAAAUUCCUCUGUCACGCUAUUACUCGUGUGUGCCGGAAACUGUGAUGUCCCCAGAAAGUGCUCUUGGACGCUCUUGUCCAUCGCUGAACCGUGCUGCAUCCAACCUCGGAUUCGGCUGGCCUGAAGAAGCCGGAGCUUCGAGAACAUCUGAGUUAGAUCUGAAUAGAAUGUGUGCAGCUAGUCCUGAUCCUUUCACAACACCCGAUUUGAACAAUUUGACUGCGUUAUUGAGACCCAUGUCGCUCGCAGUCCCAAACGAGCCUUUGAAACCUACUGUGGUGAAUCGAGUCCUCUCUUCUACCUCUGUGACUCGAAGUGAAGCGAGUUCCGCACGGCCUCCUUGGCUGGACUUGGAUCCGAUUUCAAAUCCGCCGGAGUUGGGAAAAUCGAGAUUGUUGACACCGAGAGCAGCCCAGGCGAGGAAAUCCGACUUCGAUGAUGAUUUCGUGGAUUUUCAGUCUCAGGCGACAUCGUUGCCGAGCAGUCCGCGACGAGGUGGCGAGGCGCCCGUGAAAGUGAAUAAUUUGAUUCCGAUUUGUGGUGGAGGUGACAGGAACAAGAUUCCGAUUCGACCUGAAGUUACGAUGGCGAUCGCGAGAGAAAUCCAGAUGCGACAAAUACAAGCUGAGAAGUUUCAAAACAUCAGGUCACCGGAGUCAUCUACUCUCCCGCGUCAGAACGAAAAGAAGCUUUGUCAUACCAGCCUGGAAAAGGAGCCUCUUGAGAGGAUCUGGCCCCGACCACCGACUGGCACUGAAAGCUCCGCACCCGUCAAGUUGCUCAUAUUUCCGGUGUCCACGGCAGAGAAAGGGUCGUCAGUCGCGAAGAACCCGGGUUUAGGCGCCUCUGUGACAACAGCGCUGGUGGCAACUCUGGAUGCUCUUCUAGAUGAGCUGGCAUUCCCGAAUCCUCCGGCAUUUCGUCCGCCCCCAUCUCCACCCAAGCUGAGCAAUGGAAGUCUUUCAGCGACAAACGAUCUUGUGGCGAUUGUGGUUGAGCAGGUCAAUGGCGUGACUGUGUCCGAGGCUCGAGCAGUGCUCACUGCGUGCAAUAACAACGUUCAGGCCGCUGUGCAGCGAUUAAAAAUAGAUAAGCUUUCAAGAAUUGGCGUGGGUUCACGGACUGACUGUGAGAAUUGCUUGAAGCGGUUCAAUUGGAAUCUUGAAAUCGCUGCGAGUGCCCUGCUGGAUCAUGUCGAGCAGAACUUGUGAAACUUUUCUUCUUUCUUUCUUUUCCUUUUUUUUUAGACUUCGGUGACUUGACGGUGCUGUUUUCGUUAAAAACCAAAUUCGUUUCUUCCUAAAUCUUUCGUUCCUUUUUGCAAUUGUGCUUUUUUCCGUUGUUUUUGAAGAGAUAUUCGAGGGACACAAUUCUACCUGUAGAGCAGCAUUUAUCCGGUCCGAAACAUAAAAGAGAAAACCAUACGUUUCUAGGGCUUUUGACAAGUAUGAUUUCCGAGAACGGUUGGGCACUUCUUCGAGUGAAGAGACUUGAGCAUGUUAAUGAAAAGUAAUUUUUUUUAUCGACUGCGAGUUUUUGGAAGCUUUCGUUGUUAUGCACGAUUGAUUUUUUUAUUCUUUGGGCUGCGAUUGAUUAGAAAGUCGUUGCAGAUAUAUAAUGGUGCUGUGAUGCGCACGUAAUUUUCUUCCUCCCGGGUACGUGUUUUAGGCUUCUCAGAAACUCAUUGCUGCAUUUGACUCUUUUUCAUUCGCCCGUGAUUGUGAUUCAGUCUGCCAAGAAAGCAAAUUGAAGGCCGGAUUUUACAUUUUUGUUAUUGGUUGGGCUGCAGUUUUUCGGAACAAUCUGAAUCGUCAUUUUUUGCAUCCGAAGCAUUGGUUCCAAUUCUACAUUAAAUUUCAAAACGUGAAAGGCGGUCGUAUUCAUUUGUUGCUCUCUGCGUAGAACAUUUCAGAUGGCUGCGUUGUGUUAUCACUUACUUUUGAAGAAAAUUAAAUGUGCGAAAUGCUUUUCGUGCGCGUUUUGAAACCAGUGUUGUCGACUUGAUAUCGGUAACUUAUGAAUAGUGAGGCAAGUGUUAUUUUCCGUCGUACAUGGUUAGUUUCAAACGGGUUUGAAAAGAAAUAUGUCGUUCAGAGGGAAUUAUUUCUGCUA